AAUAUUGACAUUUAAGUUCAAGAAUUCAAACAUUUAAUAUCGAAGUUUUUGAUACAAGGAAAUGAUACAGUUAUCUUAAUUUAGUAAAAUAUAUUAAUCAUGUUGCGUAUUUACAAAUGGCAUAGUGAGUUACGUGGGAUAGGCCGAUUCUUUUAUUCCCACAAACCGACAGCUCCAAAAAAAGAUAUCGGCCCAAGAAGAGUUUUCAAAGUCUAUCGUUUUGAAGGAAUCGCUAGUAGAAAGGAACCGACUAUCCAAUCAUACGACUUGGAUAUCAGUACUUGCGGUAAAAUGCUUUUGGAUGCAAUGAUUAAGAUCAAAGAUAUGGACCCAACCUUUUCUUUCCGUCGCUCGUGUAGAGAAGGUAUUUGUGGGUCUUGCGCUGUCAACUUACAAGGGCGGAACUGUCUCGCUUGCAUCACACUAAUUCCUGAAAGUAAAGUGAUUACCUUAUAUCCUAUACCACAUAUGUAUGUGAUGAGAGAUUUAAUAGUAGACAUGGCUCAUUUUUUUAAAGGAUAUAGUAGUAUUCGUCCGUACAUUAUUAGAAAAACUCAAGGACCUAUCGGACAGUUUCAGUACGCGCAGAGCAUAAGAGAUAAUUUAAAGAUGAUUGGUUUGUAUGAAUGCGUUUUAUGUUCUUGUUGCGCGACUGCUUGUCCCAGCUACUGGUGGAAUGGGAGAAGGUUUUUAGGACCAGCGUCUUUGUUACACGCUUACCGUUGGAUCAUAGAUUCAAGAGACGAAGACACUGAGAAAAGAAUUAAUGAUUUACGCGACGAUUUCAAAGCAUUUAGAUGUCACACUAUUAUGAACUGUUCGUUAGACUGUCCGAAGGGUUUGCAUCCAGCGCAGGCGAUAGCUAAGCUCAAACUAUUAAUUUCGGGAAUACAAAAGAAGGAAAACUCAGAUUUGGAUCCGUUGAAGUACGCAGCAGCUGGUGAUUGGACGCAGAAAUGUAAAAUUAAAUGAUUAUUGUAAUUUGAAAGUAUUGGUUUGUUUGAAAUUAAAUUAUCAGGUUUUAAUAAUA